CAAAAGCUAAAACCAAAAAUCUGAUUCCCAAUACUUAGAGGUCGAGAGAAAUAAAACAUUUUUCCGGUGACUGACGAAAUGGCUUCUUAUUCCGGUUGUUUCUUCGUCGUUACUUUGGUAGUUCUUUCACAAUUUCUCUUAGCCCCAGCUUCGGCCUUGCUCAACAGAGAAUACAUCGAUGCCAAUUGCCAACGAGUCAAAGACAAACCAUUCUGCAUCCAAACAUUAACCACCUAUCCUCCUGCUUCUUCUGCCACCGGCCUGUUGCCACUGGCGGAGGCCGUAAUUGGCCUUGCAAUAACCCAUUGCGAGAAGACAGCUGUUUUCGCAGCUGAGGCUGCCAAAAUGGAUGCUACGUUAAAGACGCAGUUCAACGAGUCCCACAACGCGUAUGUUGGUAUUUUGGCGUCUCUAAAGAGUGCAAAACUAGAACUCACUGAUUCACCAGACACUGCCAACUACGACGUCAUGGUUUCUGGCGAUGAAAUAACGCUUGUGAAGGGUUUGGUCGAAAAAAACACCGACCCGUCUUCAAAGACGCUCAUGGAGAUGACAUUGCAGAUGGAGAAUCUUCUUGAUCUGGCUGCUGGAGCCACCGAUGCUGUUGACGAUGACGAUGAGAACUUACAUCGUCGUGCUUGAAGUUUGAACUAAGUUACGUUGGGUUUUUAUUUUCGGUUUUUUUGAUUGACUUUUGUUAAAAAAGCAUGCAUGGAUUCAAAGGACAUAUGAAAACUAUUAUGUCCCUGAUAAUUGAAUCUUAGAAUCAUCUCAAACUGAUGUGAUAAUGUCUAAGCAAUUAAAUUUAUACAUGCAAGCGUUCAUACC